ACACACACAACCGGGUUUGGGUGUGAGGAGCUGAGGAAUACCCCCUACACAGAUCAGAGACGUCCCACUUUGCGUCAGGGUAGAGCUCCCCAGGAGAGGCACACUGGAACACGUGGUACCAACGCUGCCCACCUGGCUGUGUGGCAUCCCCUGUAGUGAGCACCUGGUUCACACCGUCCUCUCAGAUCACACACACAGGCACACCUUCAUACACACAGCAGCCUCUAAGGUGCGUGUGAGACAUCACAGUCAAAAAAGUUUUGCAGCCUUGGAGAUCUGGCACUCAGUCACCUCUCAGCUACCCACCUCCUGAACUCCAGGGAACCCCAAGAUGUUGAACUCCAUAGCCUUCCUACCUCUGACUUCCGAACCAUAGGGAUGACUGCCCGGCUUUUGGAUUGCAGACUCACCUCUUCAAGGCCAAACUGGAGGAAGAAAAUCCCAGACACCUUCUGGGAAUCCUAAUUGAGGGCAGAGAUCAAGCUGGUUCCAGCCAGAACAUUUAUCUGCUCCAAUGAGGGCAAGAGGUCCUGCCUCGGCCUGCCUGCUGCUGCUCCUGGCCCUGCCCCCAGUGACCCCUAGCUGCCCCAUGCUCUGCACCUGCUACUCCUCCCCACCCACCGUGAGCUGCCAGGCCAACAACUUCUCCUCAGUGCCACUGUCUCUGCCACCCAACACUCAGAGACUCUUCUUGCAGAACAAUCUCAUUCGAUCACUGAGGCCAGGCACCUUCGGGCCCAACCUGCUCACCCUGUGGCUCUUCUCCAACAACCUUUCCACCAUCUACCCGGGCACUUUCCGACACCUGCAGGCGCUGGAGGAGCUGGACCUCGGUGAUAACCGGCACCUGCGCUCCCUGGAGCCUGACACCUUCCAGGGCCUGGAGCGGCUGCAGUCACUACAUCUAUACCGCUGCCAGCUCAGCAGCCUGCCUGGCAACAUCUUCCGAGGCCUGGUCAGCCUGCAGUACCUCUACCUCCAGGAGAACAGCUUGCUCCAUCUACAGGAUGACCUGUUCGCGGACCUGGCCAACUUGAGCCACCUCUUCCUACACGGAAACCGCCUGCGGCUGCUCACCGAGCACGUGUUCCGUGGCCUAGGCAGCCUGGACCGGCUGCUCCUGCACGGGAACCGGCUGCAGGGCGUGCACCGCGCGGCCUUCCGCGGCCUUAGCCGCCUCACCAUCCUCUACCUGUUCAACAACAGCCUGGCCUCGCUGCCCGGAGAGGCGCUAGCCGACCUGCCGGCGCUCGAGUUCCUGCGGCUCAACUCCAACCCCUGGGCUUGCGACUGCCGCGCGCGGCCGCUCUGGGCCUGGUUCCAGCGCGCCCGUGUGUCCAGCUCCGACGUGACCUGCGCCACCCCGCCCGAGCGCCAGGGCCGGGACCUGCGCGCGCUCCGCGAGGCCGACUUCCUGGCUUGCCCGCCGGUCACCCCGACCCGGCCCGGCAGCCGCGCUCGCGGCAACAGCUCCUCCAACCACCUGUACGGCGUGGCGGAGGCGGGCGCGCCCCCCGCCGACCCGUCCACGCUCUACCGAGACCUGCCGGCCGAGGACUCGCGGGGCCGCCAGGGCGGGGACGCGCCCACCGAGGACGACUACUGGGGAGGCUACGGCGGCGAGGACCAGCGGGGCGAGCAGACGUGUCCCGGGGCCGCGUGCCAGGCUCCCCCGGACUCCCGUGGCCCUGCGCUCUCGGCCGGGCUACGCGCCCCUCUGCUCUGCCUCCUGUUGCUGGCGCCCCAUCACCUCUGACUGCGGUGCUGAGACGGAAGAGGCCACGGCCCCGACCCCUUCUCUCCGCGACCGAGCCGCGGCUCCAUCCUCCGCCCCUCGCUGCCUUCCUUGGCCUCCCAGCUCCUCUCCUUCCCGGGGACCGCUCUGCCUCUUUUGCCUUCCGGGCUGUUCUGACUUUCUUAUGGCGGCCCCCAAGACCGUGUGUACGGUGACUUGGGCCCAUUCGCCCUGAUCCUAGCCAUAAACUCCUCUUCCCCAUCCCAAGACUGGGGCGGGGUACUCCAGGCAGCCGCUGCCCCCCCCUCUCCAGGGCCCACAGUGGACUCGGAGGGGCUUUUGUCUGCAGAGCACCUUCCACCAGCAGAGCCUUUGAAAGCUCCCCCCGGGAGCGCCCCUCCCGCCCCCCCAGGACCUUGGGAGGGAUGCCUCAGCGAGGGCCAGGCUGCCCCUGGGCCCAGCUUGCCCAUCCCUUCAACCUCCUGACACUGGAGGAAUAAUUUUCUCCUAAGUCUACCCGGGACACUUUUUAGGGUGCCUGGAGAGAACUUUCCUCUCCACCUUGGCGCCGUGGUGAAGAUCAAAAGAAGUUGUUU